UUUAGAACAAUUAGAAACCCUAACCAUAAACCAAAACCGUUAUAACAGAAAAUAAAUAUCUCAAAUUCUGAAAAUGGCUUCUACCAUUCACGCCGUUAGAAUCCAAGCCUGUGCUGGUUCCGGCAACCGCAUACCAGAUCCCGAUCGCCGGAAAAGUUCUUCUUCCAACUGGUGGACCCCGCUGUUCGGUUGGUCACCAGAGCCGGACUAUAUAAACUCCGACAACAAAGCACCGAAUCCGCAGUCGGAAUCAGAUCCAGCGUCGAAACCUUCGAAACUCCGCUUCGCCGGUGGUCUCACGGAGGAGAAGGCGAAACAGCUUCGAAUGAUGACCACCGACUCGUUUCACGAUACCAUGUAUCACUCUGCCAUCGCUUCUCGACUCGCUUCUGACUUCAAGGCCCGUUCCGAUCAGUGAACUUUCCGUGCCGGAAACUUCCAUUUCACAUCACAUAGCAUGCACUUUAAGUUUUUGUUGUAGUUUUUAAUCAGCUUUAUCCAGAUUUUAGGGUUUUUUAAGAUCCAGAUUUAUUGGCUUGUUUUUUAAUAUCCAGAUUUUUGGACUUUAUUGUAAGCAUUGACGCUAGGUAAUGUAUUAUUCAAUCAUUGUAUUUGUAAAUAUAGAUACUAAUAAUUUUGAAUAAUAAUGUAUGUGUUGUUUUUGAACUUUA